AUGGUCUGCAGAAUUUGCCAAAUAGAGCAUGAAGGGCAUCUGUCGAAGCUAAAGAAGUCAGGAAGGAAUUCAUCAGCACGUUGUUACAAGGAUAUCAGGCAAAUUAACUGGCAUUCAGUGGCUCGCAGGCAUAAAGUGCAAUGCGUUAUGCAGAUUACAGUCGCUGCUGCCGGACAUACAAACUUGCUACAGCAACAUUCGGACUCGAUCUCUCGGCAUGAAGACUUAAUAGCGGCCUGCGAAACCAACAUACAAAAUAUCCAGGUUACUCAAACAGAGCUGUCUUCUAACAUUGCUAAUAUUGAAUCGAGACUUGCAAGAUCUAUGGAGACGAUGCACUCAGGCAACUGCGCUUCUUCUACCCCUAUUGCCCCAAGCUCCCAAGCUGAGACAAUGGAUGGCACUUUGCAAUCCGUUAAUUCAGCACGGUCGCCCCAAAUCCUCCAAAAGGACACUAGAAUUAUCUUCCAGCCUGAUUACGGACCAAGCAAAGCCGAAAUAAAAAUUGCCCCAGCAAUGAUUGCUAGAUAUGAACAGAUGGCUUUAACCUCCUUUUUAUGCGGAAUCAAUUCCAAAUAUCAUUGCGUUACAUUACAACCACCCCCUAAAAAUAUAGAUGAAGCUAAAAAACGGUGCCAAGAACACGACAGCCUUUUGCAAACCAAACAAUAUAAAGAGUUUCUCAUCACUAAGUCUAAGCCUUAG